UUGACUCAGGUCCUACCAUAUCCACGUCAAGGGAUGCCAAAGCAGAAUAUAGCAAAUGGAUGAAAUAGCAGAAUCCAUAUCACGCAUACCAUAUAAUCGAAACCUCAUUUCUCAUUUCUACCCAUACCAUUCAUUCUAGCCAACCAUCUCCAGCCCAUCAUGAGCCCUACUGAUUCUCAUCUCACUCCCCUGUCCAAGCUCCGCGUUUCCGCACACCAAAUACCAGCUUACAAGCUCAUCCCCAAUUCAUCCCUCCAUUCAAAGCCCCUCAUAAUCUACCACUCUGCCUUUGUCCCUUCGGACGCCUCAGCAGACCGGAUCGAGUCGCACGUCUGCAAGAUUGGCGUCGUCGCCCCUCAAUGGCGCUAUACCAUGUAUAGCACCACGCACUUCCACAGUACAACUCACGAGGUCCUCUGCGUCACGGCUGGUCGUGCGAGGCUCUGUUUUGGAGGUGAACACAACCCUGGGCGUGUCGAACCCAUUGUCGAGAGAGGAGACGUUAUUGUAGUUCCUGCAGGCGUGGGCCACCGUCUCCUCGAAGAUAUGGAUCGCGAUCAUUUUUUGAUGGUUGGAUGCUACCCUGAGGGUGAAAGCUGGGACAUGUGCUACGGUACCCAGGACGAGGAGUCAAAAAUAGGCAACAUAAAGAAUCUCUCCUGGUUUAGUAAAGACCCCAUCUAUGGUGACCAAGGGCCUGCGUUGGAUACGUAAAUUAUCUUUGGAGCAUGGAUGACUUUAGCGUCACCAUCGAAUGGUGUCCUCAGCUUGUACCAUGGAGGAGAUUCAACGCGAAAACACCUAAUCUAUACACCCUAUAUACUCUCCUAUGCCAGAGGCAUAUGGGGCGGAAACAAAAUAAAAUAAACGACUUCAUAUCAUACAUUGACGUGACCGCUUGUCACCUAGGAAGUUAACCCUAACACUAGACAACAAACACAAAAUUGUUUAAAAAAGAAAAGAAAAGAAAAGGAAAAAGAAAAAGAAAAAAGCAAA